UUGAAAUGAAAUAACGGAAAAAACUUCCCUUUUCAAACAUGGCGACGGUGAGGGUUUCCAUGGUUUUUCGAAGGUGGGAUCCGGGUAGUGAAUGGAAUCGAGCAGAUCUAUCUCUUUAUGGAAAAAUGGGGAUCGAAAGUAUAGAGUCAUCAUGGAUUGGACAAGGAAUCAAGAGGAUCAAUCAGAAGAUUGUAGAGGAAAAUCGAUUCUUCGAUAUGGAUUUAAUGGGUCUCGCUUUGGGAAUCGGGGAUUGGGCAUUUGGAUCCUCUAUAAAAAGAGCUGCGACAUCUGAGCUGGCCAUCGAGCACGACCAUCGGUCGAUAUUGAAGAAGAAUAAUCGAUCGAUAUUCACACCGUUACAUCGAUCGACAGCGAGUGCACAGAAGCUCGUUUGGACCAAGCCAACUUAAAGCCCAAGACUUCACAAAAUUACAAGAUUACCCCUGACGAGUUUUAACCUAAUACUUAUAGUUUUCCGACAUGUUAGAGGCAAAGAGCGCUUUCUUGUUCCCUUUUUUCACAGCAAAAGGUUUUAAGGUUUUUCUAGGAUUU